UUUGAUAGCACGCUUCAUUUCAUUUUCAUCAUUUCAUUUUCAUAAUCUCAUUUAAUUUUCUAUAUUUAAUUUGCCAUUUGAUAAAUAAUCCGAAUAAACACAAUGAAUGAUGAAAAAUUAAUAGAAGAAGUGCGGGCGCUUGAAAUUUUAUAUAACAAGGCCUGCGUAGGCUACCGAGUGCCGAGCCGGAAGAGGGACGCGUGGGUAAGCGUGGCGAAGGAGCUAGGUGCUACUGAAGAGCAGUGCUCGAAGAGGUGGCUGACUCUAAGGGAAAGAUUCAGUAAGGUGGUUAGGAAAAUGGAGGCACCAUCAGGAAGUGGGGCGAGUAACGCCGAAACCUGGCCAUUGUUCGAUAAUAUGAGCUUUUUAAAACUAUAUAUACGGCCCAGACCGUAAGUUAAUAUUUUUUUAAUAUGUUAUACGUAUUAAAUAUUUAUUUCCCUUUUACAGAAAUCGUUGCACCACAAACAUUUUAGAUGAUAUGUUUUCGCAGGAGCUGUUGGAGCCAAUUAGUUCUCAGACUAAUUUAUCGUCGCCUUCGGAGUUGUCGUUUUCAACUCCGAUCCGGAAAAGAGUAAAGAAAACAAACAGCGAUGACGACGGCUGCUUCAAAGAAGCGUGCGUGCUAUACAAAAGCAUGUGUGCAGAGAGGAGCAAAGGCAGCGAGGCGGUGAGGUCGUUUGGUGUUAUGUUGACCUCUAUCAUGAACGAUAUGAGCGAGGUAAAACAAAUGAAAGCAAUACAAGUUUUAACAAAUUCAUUAUUUGCUAUUAAAUCGAAACCCGAAUAAUUUUUUUUUUAAUUUUUAAAUAAUUUGUUUGAUGUUUUAUACAUAUAUUGAAUUAAUAUGUAAAAAUGUUUAAAAGGCUUGUUACCUAGACGUAAGAAACAACGAUGUAUCUCAUUUUUCAAAAAUAGUUUUAAAAUGUUUAAAACGCUUGACGUUUUAUACUUAUAUUGAAUUAAUAUGUAAAAAUGUUUAAAAGGCUUGUUACCUAGACGUAAGAAACAACGAUGUAUCUCAUUUUUCAAAAAUAGUUUUAAAAUGUUUAAAACGCUUGACGUUUUAUACUUAUAUUGAAUUAAUAUGUAAAAAUGUUUAAAAUACGUAAGAAACAACAAUGUA